CUUCAUACCAGUAAUAUUCUACUUUCCUGCGCGCCAAACAACCCAAAAAAUGGCUCUUUAUAUUUUAUAAAUCCAGAAAAUAAAGACAGAAAAAGAAAAAGAAUAGAAAAAGAAAAACCUGGAAAGAAAGGACAGGCGUGAAAGGCUUUCUCAUAGGGAACCUUCGUCUGCUAACUCCAUUUGGGUCUCUCUCUCACUCUCUCACUCUCUCUCUCUCUCUGCCUCUGUAUUGUACAGUCGUUGGAGAGAGACACUUGCUGAUGAAUAUGGAUAUGGGUGUCUGCACAAGCUUUAAACUUUUCAUUGUAUAAUGAGCAGAGGCUUCAAUCUCUUCUUCUCAGAAGAAGAUGGCUCUGCAAGAAGAGGAAACCCAACAGCUGCUAAGUCCUGCAACGGUCAUUGAUGCUUUGUUCUGUGAGGAAGAGAGUUUAGAGGAAGAGAAUGGUAUUGGGGAAGAAGGGAGUGAUGAAAAUGUGAAAAAGCACUCAUUUUUCCCUUCGGUUUUGCUAGAGAAUGACUUGGUUUGGGAGGAUGAUGAACUUGUGUCCCUAAAAUCCAAGGAGGGAGAGACCCAUGUGUGUUUGAGCAGUCUGAUCUCAGAUGGGUCUCUAAUGGUGGCUAGGAAAGAGGCUGUGGAUUGGAUUUUGAGGGUUAAAGCACACUAUGGGUUCUGUGCUUUGACUGCUGUUCUUGCUGUGAAUUACUUUGAUAGGUUUGCUUCAAGCCCCACGUUUAAGAGGGAUAAGCCCUGGAUGACUCAACUUGCUGCAGUGGCUUGUCUAUCUCUGGCUGCUAAGGUGGAGGAAACCCAAGUGCCACUUCUUUUAGACCUGCAAGUGGAGGAAUCCAAGUAUGUGUUUGAAGCAAAGACUAUUAAGAGAAUGGAGCUUCUGGUGCUGUCCACUCUUCAAUGGAGGAUGAACCCGGUGACCCCAAUUUCAUUCUUUUAUCAUAUUAUCAGGAGGCUUGGUUUGAAGAACCACUUGCAUUGGGAUUUCCUGUUGAGGUGUGAGCGCCUUCAUCUCUCUGUCAUUGCCGAUUCAAGGGUAACAAGUCAUCUUCCAUCUAUAUUAGCAACUGCAACGAUGCUUCAUGUAAUUAGGGAUAUAGAGCCUUAUAAUCCACUGGAAUAUCAGAAUCAGCUUAUGAGUGUACUUAAAAUUAGUGAGGAAAAAGUCAAUGAGUGCUAUAAGCUGAUCCUGGAAUUAUCUAAUAGCCUUGGCCACAUUCACGACCAAAGCCGCAAGCGCAAGCAUCUGUCCAUACCCAGCAGCCCCAAUGGCAUCAUUGACGCAUCUUUUAGCUUUGAUAGCUCCAAUGACUCAUGGGCUGCAGCGUCGUGCAUUUCAUCAUCACCAGAGCCUCCUUUCAAAAGGAGUAGAGCACAGGAUCAGCAGAUGCGGUUGCCUUCACUAAAUCGUGUGUCUGUUGAAGUGCUUAGUAGCCCUCGUUAAUCUUUCUUUGUCUUAAAUGUCUACUAUUAAACAUGGUAUCAUACAUUUUCUUAUUCGCAUAUUAUUGGCAGUAUCUCUUUUUAAGGUGCAAUUAUGUUUUGUUAAUGAUUUAUCGUUGCAUUUCUGGCUGAAUCUAUGACAAUGAAUCAAGAGAUCAUAUCCCAGUCCCCCAUGGGUCUGAUCUGAAUUGGGAGGUGGGGAUUGUGGUUUGAGAAUAAAAAGAGAUGAGGGCUUCUUUGUCCAA